AUGACCGUCAAUGCCCAAACGAUCACGGAUAUCAAUCUGCUAUCUGAGUUCCUCAGCAACAACCAAUUACAAGAUCUGCCCACCAGCACCCCCGUUGAUUGCAUAGUUAUCUGCGCCUCGGCCGUUCUCUACAGCGCCGAGAUCUUGUUUAGAAUCCUGCAACAAAGACCAACUCUUACCAAAGCCCUUGUCCUAUGUGGAGGCAUCGGGCAUUCGACUGAACUCCUGUACGAUGCAGUGAAAUCACACCCAGUAUUUUCACGGAUUGCCGAUGAGAUCUACGGCCUUCCCGAAGCCAGUGUGCUCGAACGGAUCUUGGAUGAGUUCUUUGAUCGAUCACUUAUCACAAAGGAAGGAUGCCAGAUUCUCCUUGAGUCUCGAUCUACAAAUUGUGGGCAAAAUGCUGCAUUUUCUCGUGCUGUCCUAGAUGAAGCGGGGUUGCAGACACCAGCCAAGUGUAUUGUCAUCCAAGAUCCUACAAUGAUGCUCAGGACCAGGGCUUCAUUUGAGAAGGCCUAUGACGAUGUGCAAUCUUCGGUCUGUAUUAUCAGUUGCCCCGUUUUCGUGCCGGUGGUGCAAUGGUCACAUAACAAAGGCCUCGAAUACUCUGGUAUCUCAGCGUCGUUGCAGUUGUGGUCACACAGUCGCUUCUUGGAAUUGAUUAUUGGGGAAAUCCCGAGGCUGAGAGAUGAUAAAGAUGGCUAUGGUCCCCAGGGUCGGGGCUUUAUCACUCAUGUUGAUGUUCCAUCUCACGUUGAAGCGGCUUGGGCUCGGUUACAAUUGGUAGUCAAGAGGUCUAGAUGA